AUGACUUCGACAAACCAUGAUGAAGCUUUAAACAUAUCGGCGCACUGUAACUUAACAACAAUGGUAUGGCUGUUCGGGGGUGGUUAUUACUCAGGCAGUCCGUCCCUGAUUUUAUACGACGGCAAAGCUAUGGCAGUCACUGGGAACGUGAUCGUUGUGAACAUUAACUACAGACUUGGCCCGUUUGGAUACUUAUAUUUGGAUCAUGAAGAUGCCCCCGGCAAUAUGGGGAUGCUCGAUCAAGUUCGUUUUGUGUACUUUCUGCGAACUUUCAAAUUUACGCCUAUUAAUGCUAUACCAUACUAA